UUACGGCACAAAAAAUGCACCGAAGACUAUCCUGUGUGUCAGAGAUGUGCUAUCUCAGGGCGUCAGUGCCAAUGGCCAACAGUAGAAGACUUGACUGAUCGUCGCUACAAUUCGCAUCCAACCCGACGCUCAGCAUCGCCUAUGUUGCCCAAGGCCGACGUUGUGACUAGUCAUACCAGUUUGGUUACCACUUCUGUCGCCAAUUCUAUCGCCAGUUGUCAAAAUCAGAUUCAAGUUCGAAAGGUCAAUCAAGAUGUUGGUUUGCUUGUCGACGCAGGGCCUUGCUUCCUCGCCGAGUCUGUCUCGCAUCAGAUCCUGUCGCGUGACCUCGAGAUGGCCAUUGCACGACACUUUAGCGACAAGUAUUACAGGCUGAUCCUGUUACCCAACUGCAAUGCAGAGUUCUACAUUGGGUGGAUCACGCAAAUCGAAUUGUUGAUGGCUCAUUACAAGAGUCUCCAAUACUCGGUGCUUGCAUGUGCGGCAUCUCACCUGCAUUUCAUCGAUGCAUCAGACCAGAUGCAAGAACUUUCUCUCACUUACUACUCUCAGUCGAUCAGAGGGUUGUCGGAAAUUCUGGCGGCAAAGGCUCACCUGGAGAACGACAAUGGAUUCCUCACAUCGGUCAUAUUGCUUUAUCUUCAUGGGUGUAUGGGCAAAGGAACGUACACCGAUAUACCGCGCCAUGUGAAUGCGGCUAUCCGUGUUAUACGAAUGCGACUGAUGAGCAACGGCUUAAGCAUUACUCGGCCCUUCGACCGACUAGCGGUGGAGAGUGUACUUUAUCAGAUAUUUAUUGUCACAACAGGCACUUGGGCCGACUUGAUCCCGCUCGAUGAUUACGAAUUCGAUGCCGAGUUUUGGUUGGAGGCUGAAGGUCUUUUGGCUCAAUCAACAUUGUAUCCAGGAAGAUCCAUCAGUUACAAUAGCCCGGUACUUGGGAUUCCUCCAGCAAUAUUCAAACUCGUCUUGUCCGUCAAGAAGGCACAUCAAAGCCCCUUUGAGCAGGACGCUGCCACCAUCGAACAGCUGAAGAAUGAAGUGGAAGAAUGGGAAGGCCCGAUCUUGUGCGACAUGGACCUCGACGUUCUUUCGCCCUAUGAGGAAGCCAAUCACUAUACGUCAUUCUACAGAGACACGGCGUAUUUAUACAUUCUGAUAUCAUCUUUGCUCGUUGAGCAGCUCGUGUCAGGUCAAGCGCACCCUGGACCGCCGGAAGUUGCGCCGAAAGAUAGCUGGCAGCUCCGAAAGAUGAUGCAAAUCUUGGAAUCACAUGCGGACGAUCUAACAUGGGCGACCUGCUACAUUGCGAAUUGGACCGUCUACACGCUUGGAAUCUUUGUGAGUGAACCGAAAGAUGUUGAACUUGUUCACAAUGAUCUGAAGAGGAGGUGGCACGUUACCAAAUUUGCACAGCUGUCUCGAUUCUUGACAGACAUCGAGUCGAUUUGGAGGCAAAGAGGAUUGAUUAAUUAGUUUGACGUGGUCACGAUAUAUGAGUUGAGGCAGGGUGUCUCCUCAAAGCAAUGUUAUGAAAUUGGGAUUGAUGCACGCAGCAUGUUAAAAUUAUGAUAUUAUCGAUAUGACAG